CCGGAAGAACUGCUAACCUUGACAAGCGAGCACAACACAUGCGCUGCUGGUUCAGAAAAACAAAGGAUAAAAUAUAAUGAUUCCUGACAGUUUCAUGGAAAAUAUCUACCAGGGCUACUGUAUGAUCUCCCAGCAGUACUUGCGGUAGUGGUUGCUUUUCUCCGCUUGUGAGUUUUUUCUGCGAAAAACUCAAUCUUUUAGCUAGCUAAAUGAAAGGCUAGCACUUACCAAACCAGUACUGCCGUCUGCACCAGUUAAACACCGUCUGCUGGACUUCAUGUUGGCUUCGCCUGCUGUCCAAUGAUGAGGACUCCUUUUGUGUUUGUAUCGAGAAGCUGUAAGGCUGUUCACAGACUGCAAUCUUUCUCACCAAUUUCAGCUCUGUGGCGACAUCAGAGGAUCGAUGUGUUGAGAUACUCGAGCACACAUGUCUGCAAAGACGACAGGAGUUACUACAUAACCACUCCCAUCUUCUAUGUCAAUGCUGCUCCUCAUUUAGGACACUUGUAUUCAGCUGUGAUAGCUGACUGCUUACACAGGUAUAAGCUACUUAAGGGCUUCAACUCAAAGUUUGCAACAGGCACUGAUGAACAUGGCUUGAAAAUCCAACAAGCUGCUGAAGCUGCAGGAAAAGAUCCCCUGAUCUUCUGCACCGAUGUGUCUGAGAGGUUCAAGCAUCUCUUCAGCAGCUGCAACAUAUCGUACACAGACUACAUAAGAACCACUGAGCAGAGACACCACGAGGCCGUGAAGCAUUUCUGGUCAGUGCUCUGGAACAAAGGGUUAAUCUACAAGGGCAGUUAUGAAGGCUGGUACUCCACCCAAGAUGAAAGCUUUCUCACGCCAAUACAGGUGGGCGAUGCUUUGGACUCAACAGGAAAGGAGAUCAAGGUAUCGCUGGAGAGUGGCCACAAGGUGGAGUGGAUGAAGGAGGAGAACUACAUGUUCCGUCUGUCUGCACUUCGGUCUCAGUUACUUGACUGGCUCAAAGGAAAUCCCCGGGCCAUACAGCCAGAGCGUUUCUACCGGGCUGUUCUCCAGUCGCUACAGGUGGACCUUCCUGACCUCUCAGUCUCCCGCCAGAGCAGCCGCCUUCAGUGGGGCAUCCCAGUCCCGGGUGACGCCGAACAAACCAUCUAUGUGUGGCUAGAUGCUCUGGUGAACUACCUCACAGUAGCUGGCUACCCAGAUAAACACGACCAAUGGUGGAACGUGGCCCACCACAUUAUCGGAAAGGACAUCUUACAAUUUCAUACCAUCUACUGGCCCUCUUUUCUUCUAGGGGCUGGACUGCCUCUGCCACAGACAAUACAUGUGCACUCGCACUGGACAGUAGGAGGAAAGAAGAUGUCUAAAAGUUUGGGUAAUGUAGUGGAUCCCCUUGAACGCACACAGAUGUUCACAACUGAUGGCAUGAGGUACUUUCUUCUGCGUCAGGGUGUCCCCGACUCAGACUGUGAUUACACAGAUAACAAAGUCAUCAAGGUGCUUAACGCAGACCUCGCUGACUCUCUGGGUGGUCUGCUUAAUCGUUGCACAGCUCCAGCUCUCAACCCAGCUCAGGUCUACUCCUCUUUCUGCCCUCAGUUCUUCUCAAGUGAACAGAGAGGCAGGGCUGUGGUUGAAGACUACCACAUGUUAGAGGAUGUGAAAAAUCUCCCUGCUGUGGUGGAGCAACACUAUGAGAGCAUGCAUGUGUACAAAGCUCUGGAGGCCAUCAGUGCCUGUGUGAGGCAGACCAACGGGUUUGUUCAUCGCCAUGCACCUUGGAAGCUGGAUAACAGGGACAGUGAAGACCAGCGCUGGCUCAACACCAUCAUCCAUGUCUCCCUCGAAUGCCUGAGGAUUUACGGCACACUGCUCCAACCGGUAGUGCCAGAGAUUUCUAACAAGCUGCUGUCCAGACUCGGGGUGCGACCACAUGAGAGGAGCUGGGCAGAUCUGAACUUCCUGCCAGGGUAUCAGGGAAUGGACUGUCCUUUUGAAGGGAGAGCGCUAGGAUCUCACUCUGGAGUGCUUUUUAGUCGCUUGGAAACUCAUAAUGUAGAUAAACAAAAACCCAAGAAAACAAAGAAAUUGAAAUGAGGAAUUGUUUUUGAUGAUUCAGUCAAUAAAACAAUAAAACUCC